GACGCCUUGCCCACAUCCAUGGCCUUUCCAACGUCAAUGAGUGGCACCCCGCGGGCAAAAUCGUCCAAUGGUGUCGCCGCCGUCGACUGCCAAAAACAAGUCCGGUCAUGGAGGCUUCUGCGCUCUCUCAUGGAGCUCCUCAUACCCAGCUGCAACUGCAGUACCUUUAUAGAAGACCAAGAUAUCCAACAAGAAGAAAAUCACUACCUCCAAAACUGCUAUAAUUCACGGUACCCCGCCUUUAGUACUUCUUCUUCCCCUACCAUCGUUGGCACAAUAUUUGGAUUUCGCCAUGGGAAAGUUAGGCUUUGUAUUCAAACCAGUUACAACUCCACCAACCCAGUUCUACUCCUUGAAUUGGCUGUCCCCACAACAACCCUAGCAAGAGAAAUGCAAGAGGGUAUUCUUCGAAUUGCACUAGAGAGUACUGCCACAAGGCAGGGAUUAAGUACUGCCGCUAAUUCUUGCUCUCUUUUGUCCAUGCCAGUGUGGAAAAUGUAUUGCAAUGGGAGGAAAGUUGGGUUUGCGGUUAAGCGCCAGCCUUCCAAGGCAGAUAUGGAGGCACUUAGGGUAAUGAGUGCAGAUCACGUUGUUGUGGGUGCUGGCGUAAUAAGUGGGAAAGAGCUUCAAAGAGAAGACGAGUUAAUGUAUCUUAGGGCAAACUUUGAGAGAGUUUGUGGUUCAGCAAAUUCUGAGUCCUUCCAUUUGAUUGAUCAGGAUGGGAGCAGUAAUACUGGUCAGGAACUUGGUAUUUUCUUUUUUCGCUCAAGGUGAUCAUGACCUUUGCUCUAUGCAGGUCCAUGGAAUUUAGAAAAAAGGCCAAGUCAUGUCGAGAUCAUGGCUUGCAAAUUGCAACGAAUUUUUGCCCUCUCCUUUUUGAGUUAGUGCUUAAUUGAUAGCAUAACUUUAGUUUUAUAUAUUGCCCACAGAUUGUACUCAUGAACUCUGCAGUGCUUUUUGAGAAUUAUGCGUUUGAGCUGUACGUGUCA